ACCCCUUCACUACAAAUACUUGGACUAUUCUAGAUCCAACAUGGCGCUGAGUCGGGGAAUUUUUAUCGUAGCUGCCAAGCGUACGCCAUUCGGCGCGUUUGGUGGGAAGCUGAAGGACCGGACAGCCACCGACCUGUGUGAGCUCGCCUCGCGGGCUGCGCUGGCGGCAGGGAACGUACCGGCAGAGGCUGUCAGCUCUGUUAUCGUGGGAAACUGUAUCCAGAGUUCCAAGGAUGCAGCGUACAUCUCCCGCCAUGUUGGAUUGCGAGUGGGUGUCCCGAUGGCUGCCUCCGCUCUGACCAUCAACCGUCUGUGUGGGUCUGGCUUCCAGGCUAUGAUCAAUGGUGCACAGGACAUCAUCAUGGGUGAUGCGGAGAUCGUACUGACAGGUGGGUCGGAGAGUAUGACCCAGGCUCCCUUCGUCCUGCGGGAUGCUCGCUUCGGCACCAGACUGGGGUUGGACCUCAACCUUGAGGACACCCUGUGGACCGGACUGACGGACCAGCACAUUAACACACCAAUGGGAGUGACAGCGGAGAACCUCGGAGAGAAGUACGACAUUUCGCGUGAGGACUGCGACAACUACGCUGUCAAGACCCAGCAACGAUGGAAGGAUGCACACGAUAAUGGCAGGUUUAAUGAAGAGAUGGCACCAGUGACAGUGAAAGUGAAGAAGGGAAAGGAAGAGAUGACGGUAGAUGAACACCCGAGGCCACAGGCGAACAUGGAAGCCAUGUCCAAACUGCCGCCUGUCUUCAAGAAGAAUGGAAGGGUCACGGCAGCCAAUGCUUCGGGUGUUUGUGAUGGAGCGGCAGCUGUAGUGAUUGCAGGAGAGGAUGCUGUGAAGAAGUAUAACCUGACUCCUCUGGCUCGUCUGGUGGGGUACCACUACUCCGGCUGUGACCCCAGCAUCAUGGGGAUUGGUCCAGUGCCUGCCAUUGAGGGACUGCUGCAGAAGACUGGGACAAAACUGGGUGAUAUGGAUUUGGUGGAGGUAAAUGAGGCUUUUGCUGCUCAGUACUUGGCUGUGGAGAAGGCUGCUGGGUUGGACCCUGACAAGACUAACGUGAACGGUGGCGCCAUCGCUCUUGGACAUCCUCUCGCAGCGUCUGGGGCAAGGAUCGUCGGCCAUCUGGUGCACGAACUCAGACGGAGGGGUGCAAAGCAAGCCAUUGGUUCAGCCUGUAUUGGAGGUGGCCAGGGCAUCGCUGUACUGUUGGAGAGUGUGUAAACUGAUCAGAUGUUGACAUCCUGCAGUGACAUAUCAACCUACAAUACUGCCUGGAAAUUAUAUAUCAUACAAACUGUACACUAGCUUGAAGUUCAUGGAUGCACACUGAAAUAUGGAUCAUUUUGUCAGUAUCUUGUGUACUUUACCAGAGGUAAAGUUAAAAGAAAUGUCUGUGUGGGAGGUAGGCAACAGCUUAUAUGAAUGCAUAUGAAAGGUCAAUUUGAGGGACGAUUUGUGUUUACCGAGUCUCCUUUCCUUUACAUGUAAGUACAGAGCACUUAGAGUGCAAAGAGAUUGAAUACUCAAAAUCCAUUGUAUUACUAACGUUACAACAAGACUUAGGAAGUGCUGCAAAACUAUAAAGAUAAACCUGAACAGAGUGUAUUAAGUUGAAGUGGAUUUGUCAACAUCAUGAGAUUUUCAACUUUGCAGUGAGGCUUGUGUUGUCAUGCUGUUGAUAGCUAAUAUUUGAAGUGUAAGCUGAUCAAUGUGGCAACUUCAUGCAACUAUUUAUUCCUUUGCCUCCAUGUUCUGAACAUAAAACUGCAAACUGGAGCUGAAUACUAGUAUACCUGUGGAGUUACAGUUCACUUGCCAAAUUGAAACCAUUCCAUUAACAAAAUACUUGCAAGAUACACAUGUACUUGAUACGAACACACAGCACACAAGUUGUGUAAGUAGUUUUUGAUCAUAUUGUAGUGCAGUAUUGGCAUAUAAUGAUAUGUCAUCUGAAUGUUACAUUUCUUAGCUUUAAGCUCUCUUUACUUUGUCUUCCAACCAUGAUUAUUUGUUGAAUAUCAAAACAUUAUGGCAAAGUCUAGCUUUUGUUCUGUUGACGUCUUUGACUUGCACACUUAUUUGUAUUGCUAUAGCUGCUAAUCUGGUAAUGCCCUCGACCAAGGAGGUUUUGACCUCCUAGCUUACCUCAACCAUCACAGUACUGUGCCAUCUGCAGAAAAGUGGACAAGUCAAUUGUGAUGAUUUUGAUUGUACUCUACAUGCAGAUAUGUGCCUCAUUAAAUUUACAGUGUUGAGCUUCA